GAUCCUGUUGGUUGCCGGCGGCUGUGCGGCGCUGUCAGUCAGUGAGCGGCGAGAAGUCGAGGAUCCGCGACGGCCCGUGCCAUGAGUCAGUGUCCCGCCAUGGACCGCCAGCGUGGGCCGCCUCGGACACACUAUUGAUUACGGGCGCGCGGUGGCGGUGGAAGAGCCCAGCUGGCCCGGCAUGGCGGACGGCGCCGUGCUGCACCGUAUUUCUCUGUGUGUGGCUGCCUUCUGCGUGACUCUGAACGCCCAUGCGGACCUCAAGUGCGUGUGAGUUGUGGCCGGCACGCCUACGCCCGCAGGCAACACCAUGGGGGCCUGUAUGACUCGGUGCUGGCCCCUCUACCCCGACCCCAGGUACCAACCAGUGAGAAGCCGCUACCUCAGGCAAGAUGAUACUGUUCAGGCGCAACCAAGGAGAACGUUCAGUCUGACAUCUAGCUCCGAUGAAUCUCUGUGCAUGCCCGAAGACCUGGUGCCAUGUAGUGACCCUGGUGAGGGUGGCUCCCCUCGGCUUGAGGACGACCUUCCCCUCUGCCUGUCGCCGCUCCCCGCCUCGACCACACUCCUGCUGGGGCCGCUGCAGGGCUCCCCUCCGCUCGCCCGCCCGCUCUCUGCACUUUCCCUCUCGUCAGGAGAACCACCUAGCACUCUCUUGAGCACAGGCUCACGCUCUAGCACGCCGCUGCUGCCGCUAGACUCACCUCCUCACUCACCCCCCUCGGUAGGGCGGCCUCUUUGCCAGACACGAUUCUACCGCCUCGCAUCGCAGGCGGAGGACGAGGUGGAGCUGACGCCGCACCUGGAGCAGCAGGACUGCGGGGCCGACACCAUGGUCAGCUGUGAUAACAAGGCCGUGACCUCGAGCGCGGGCGGGCGGCGCUGGGGCAUGCGAGGCGACCCCGGCUCCCUCCCGUCCCUCACCGAGCCCGAAUCCCCCCCGACCACCUCGCUUGACCUGGAGUGGGAGCCCGAAGCCGGUCUCGGCGUCGGGAGCCGCGAGUCUCUGGGUGACGACCGCGAGGAGGAGGCCUCUCACACGGCGGAGUCGGGGUCGUGGGUGCCCCGGUCAUCGUGCUCGACGCCCAACAGCCUCGAGUGGGACUUCCGCGCCUCCACGCUCAGCCUCCGCGGCGGCAACGAGGACGAGGCGUGGCAACACACUGACAUGGAGACGGAGCAACUCCUGCACGAGAUAGAGCAGCUUGCGGCGCGCGCCCUCGCCGACACGGGGCACGGACUGCAAUCCGCUCCCAGAUAGGAACAGCACUGAGUGGUUAGCACACGAAGGACCUUUGUACAGCCGGCCUGGUGCUCGGGGAUCGCGCGUAGUUCCAGCUCAGGCGGAACACACUGGGAGGAAGAGGGUGUCCCGUGGCCGUUUAACGGUACCUGAACAGUGGCGAAAAAAUGGAUUCUCUUCUCUUACUGCGUCGACUUCUAAGACGGAAAAACUCUAAUUAGGCAUUACAGUUUCUAUAGUUCUUCACUUCAGGGCUAAGCAAUACCAUUUCAGCAUCAUAUCAACACAUACAAGCACAAAUGUUUGAUUCUACUAAACCACAGGUCUUUCCUCCCUAGUUGCAUUUAAAACCUUGUUCCUAAGACCUUUGCCCUAGGAGAAAGCCCACGCUGUUCGGCCACCGUGUCUCUUCCUCCACCUGCCGAUGGAAAUCUGUGAUUGUAUACAAAAUAGUGCGAAAUUCGAAAACCACUUACCAGGGGGUUAGAUAUCGAUCCGGCAAGUGAACCGUCUGAAAAUGGAGACCAGAGUGAACCGGAACCUCCAAGCAAAGCCCUUCUCCAGAACCUGCCUUCGCCUCCCCGAAACCCCGGCCGGUUCUCACCCGCACAUCGAGAGCUUCCUCCGCACGCUCCAGGCCGCGACGACCUCACCCGUGCAAGACGCUCUUACAUGCAUGUUGCUCUUAAACUCAAAUUCUGGUUGUUUAUACGGCAAUGACCCCGAACGGAGAGAAAAACACACAGAAAUCUCGAAAAAUUUCAAAUUCAAGAUGAAAAGACGUUGGAGAAUUGUAUACGAUAUGUAGAGUAACUCUUUGACUUUACAUCAAGUUUGGUCUUCAAGGCUGUAACAAGAGAGAUGGCACGGCUUCCUUGCACCUGUUGCCACCCCUUCGUUGACAGACUACCAUAUCCACCUCUUCUGAAUGGGAUGGGCGUGGAUUGACAUUCAGUGGCCGCCUUCCUCAGACUUCACAUAAGACCUGCAUUGUUGUAGCUGUGGAUAUAAAGUGGAUAUACAAGCCCUUCAGACAUUUAUAU